UCUCCCCCAGCAACACCAUGAAGCUGUGUGUGUCUACUCUCUCUCUCCUGCUGGUCAUGGCUGCCUUCUGGGUUCCAGCGCUCUCAGCACCAAUGGGCUCUGACCCUCCCACAUCCUGCUGCUUUUCUUACACUGCUUGGAAGCUUCCUCGAAACUUUGUAACAGAUUACUAUGAGACCAGCAGCCUUUGCUCCAAGCCAGCUGUGGUAUUCCUCACCAGAAAAGGCAAGCAAGUCUGUACUGACCCCAGCCUGCCCUGGGUCAAUGAGUAUGUGAAUGACUUGGAGUUGAACUGAGCUGCAGGAGGAACCACUUCAGGAAGGCCUCCUGAGCCCUGACAAUCCUCAUUGAGAAGUGCCUUGCUCCUUCCAUUCAGAAUUCUUCUCCCCCUUCUUA